UGUGCGCGUCGGCUUGUGCGUCCACGCAGGUUCGCUUGGGUCCCGCUCACAUCCAACUAUGGGUAUAUAAAUUAACCUCUUAAAAAACAAAGGUAUGGUCCAUUCCAAAAAUAAAGCGGAUUUGAAAGCUUAGUGUGUGUAAUGGCCAUGGCUGGAGCAACCGCGAAAAUUCCGAUGAGUGGCCGGCUUUUGAUGUGUGAGAAUUACAAAUAUGAGAGUUCCGGUGAGCCCGGAAUGAACUUGUCGGACACUGUUUUUGAAUUUUUCGAUGAGAGUUACGCAGGGUCGCCGGAAAGUACUGACGGUCGUGAUUACGGUGAAAAUGAAGAAACUGAUGAAGAGGAAGAGGAAGAAAGUAGUAGGAAUGUUGAAGAUGACAGGGGCUUCUGGGAAACUCAACACCAACUUCUUCACGACACCUUGUUUAGGAGUAGCUCUUUGGAAUCAAGGAUCCGAAGUGCUACGAAGGAAGCACUAAAAGAAGCGCAAAUGGCCGGCAACUUGUGUGUUUGCCGGAGACCGGUUGCCGGUGGUUGCCGGAAUUGCCUUAUGAGAGUGAUAUGUGGCCACCUUAGGAAUGCCGGUUUCAACAGUGCCAUUUGCAAGUCUAAGUGGAGGAGUUCUCCGUAUAUCCCAUCAGGUGAACACACAUUUUUAGAUGUUGUGGACAAUCCAAGUUCAAAGAAAGGAGAGAUCAGAGUCAUGAUCGAGUUGAAUUUUCACGCUGAAUUCGAAAUUUCAAGAGCAAGCGAAGAAUACAAGCUACUGAUCAAAAAGCUCCCAGAAGUAUUUGUUGGAAAAGUGGAAAGGCUACAAAAUCUGAUCAAGAUCCUGUGCUCUGCUGCCAAGAAGUGCAUGAAAGAGAACAAAAUGCACAUGGGUCCUUGGAGGAAGCACAAGUACAUGCAAGCCAAGUGGCUGAGCACCUCCUGUGAAAGGAUGGCGGCUCAGCCUCUAGUGGCAGCAGCCGGAUUUCCUGGCCGAACAGCCACCGCCGCCAAGCCGAGGGCAUCGAUGCUGACUGUAGAUUUGAUGGAUAAUAUGCCCAACAUGAUUAGGACUGUAGUUGAAGUUGUGUGAUUGUAGGUCUUGUCUUUUUGCCUUUUUGUCUUGUUAUUUCGCUUGAGUAACUCAAAUUGACCGAGGCAUUUGGUGCAACAAUUACGCGUUGGUCCUCUUGUGUUCUCUAAAA